UUACGGGUGGGCUAUGAGUCAGCCCAUGCCGUACGGUGGCUUCCGGUGGUAUGAAGGAUCAGAUCCUCUGGCCGACCUCCAAUUGCUUUCGGACACUGGUAAUACGGGGCGUAUAUAUGAAGUCGAUUUAUCGUAUCCAGAAGGGCUGCAUGACGAGCACAACGACUUGCCGUUCUUGCCUGUCAACGAUGUACCACCGGGUUCCAAAGAGACCAAACUCAUGGCCACUUUGAAACCCAAACAGCGGUACGUCGUACAUUACGUUAAUCUUAAACAGGCGAUCGCACACGGACUGCGAGUCGAUAAAGUGCACCGCGUUUUAGAGUUUCAACAAAGUGCUUGGUUGAAACCGUACAUUGAGUUGAACACUGAAAUGCGGAAACAGGCGGCAAAUGCUUUUGAAAUAUCGUUUUUCAAACUAAUGAAUAAUGCCGUCUUUGGGAAAACCAUGGAGAACAUGCGGAAACGCAUCCGCAUUGAACUAAUCUCCAGUCCCGAACGUCUAAGCAAGCUCGUAAACCAACCAACCUUCAACGACUGUAUUAAAUACGGCGAAAGGUUGUGCGCCGUCAUAAUGGACACAAAGAUUGUCAAGUUUCUCAAACCAAUAUACGUCGGUUUAGCAGUGCUUGACAUUAGCAAGUCGCUAAUGUACAAGUACUUCUACGACGUAUUAAAACCUCAUUAUGGCGACGCAAUUAGCCUGGUUUACAUGGAUACUGACUCCUUCAUAUACCUGCUCAGAGUCAGCGACUUCUACCAGGAUUUAGCCGACAGCCCCGAUUUACUGGUGUACGUGGACGCAUCUAGCCUGCCCAAGGAUCACCCUUGUUACUCGACCUCGAGGAAGAAGACGCCUGGUCUGUUUUCAGACGAGACCGGCGGCCUCACCCUCUUUGAGAUCGCUGCACUUCGUUCAAAGUGCUAUGCAUUUGACAUGGAAGGCAGCGAAUUCAUCAAGUCUAAGGGGAUCCGCGGACAUGUCGUCCGGAACCAUCUGUCUUUGGACGAUUACAAACGAUGUUUGUUUGAAGACGAUGGCGACGAUGGUGACGAUGCGUCAAAACGAGCGUUGGCCGGAGACAAUGCCCGUGUAGUCAUCGGAGCCGUACGUGAUGGUGAGAUUCCACCGACAUUAUCAUUACCGUACACUCCGUACCGACAGAACGUGUCAAUUCGUUCUUUCGAGCACGAGGUACGCACUUUACGUACAACCAAGUUGGCGCUUAACCGUUUCGACGAUAAGCGCUACACGCUCGACAACAGAGUUGACACGCUGGCUUACGGUCAUUAUGCCAUUCCAUCGGAAGAAAUUUAAGCAACAUUAGUUUUUAUAGUAAUAAUAAGAUUGUAAAACUCUUUAAAUAUCCAUAUUGAUAAAUGUAAAAUAUAUUGUAUGAUAAACCGUGUAAUUGAAUUUUAUGAUAAGGUUUUUGUAAAUAUAAGUGUUGUAUAUAAAUAUAUAGUUGUAAAUAUAGUUUUAAGAUUUUUUAAUGUAAUAUUUUAAUGAAUUGAAUUGUAAAUAAAUGUAAGUUAGAAUUGAUAUUAUAAUAAAUGCUUAAUUAAUUAAAG